CCUUCCUUACAAGCGUGCCAGAACAACUCUCAUGGAAGGAAUUUCCAAAUCCUUAGAUUGUAUCAUUCUACAAAGUUAACUGCACAAUGUAACCGUGCCUGCCUCGUAUCUGUACGUAGGGGGACGAUGGUUUUAUUGGUGAUAGUGUGUUGUGUUUGUCUAGCUAGUACUUGUGUCACGAUGUUGUUGGGUUGGUAAAUUGUCCGACCAUUGUUGUGUGCUCUCAGAGAACCAUAUGAAUGACGAGGCCAGGUCACACAACCUACACCGAGCUGUCCGUUGUUGCCUCCGGCUACCUCGAUGCAGAGUCCUCCCAGGAAUUCAAUACCACAAUCGUAAACCUUGACCCCCGGCCUACCCACAGGGAUGAAGAUGUCAUCCCUAUUAUACUGGGACACGGGGAUACGCCCGUCAAUAAUACCCCUGUGUCGUGCCGUCGCUUUGACGUCACGAGCACUAACAGCGCUGUCUCGAACGCGGUGGACGAUGACGUCAAGGAAAAUGGCGUCAGCGACUCCGACUCGUCACUUGAAGCGCCUCCUGUUGACACUCAGAGGCGCGGCUCCAAGUGGAGCGCGACCAUUCUUUUUGUGGCCUCUGAGGUCCAGCUUAUGCUGAAUCUGGCUGAGUUCUGUCCGGAAGAGGGAUUCGAACACGCUCCUAAAAGGAAGAAACAAGAAAAUUCCGACGACGAGGACGACGAUACCUACGACGACUUCGACUUUAGUGCUCCGGACCACAGUGACCUCUCAGAUAGUGUAGGUGAGGACAGUUCCAGGAACUCAGGUUCCACUGCCAAUACGAUGGAGCUCCAGGCGGUUAUUCCGACAGAUAUUUCCAAGGACCAGUUACAAAACGGCAAGGACCCUCCACGAGACAGUCCAGAUGCCGAGAAGAACUCUCUGUUGUCAGAGAAAGUAGACGAUAUUGACGACAUUCCUGACCGCUACCCAGACGAAGACGAUAUCAAACUUCCAGUAGAGAACUGGGGUAACAAGGCCGACUACCUGUUAGCUGUGAUUGGUUACUCUGUAGACCUCUCCAACGUCUGGAGAUUCCCGUAUCUGGCCUACAAAAAUGGCGGCGGUGCGUUUAUCAUUCCAUAUUUCACUGUAUUACUGCUGGGAGCCAUUCCCGUAUUUAUGAUGGAACUUUCCAUGGGCCAGUACACACAAGAGGGACCUAUAGGUGUCUGGAAAAUGUCUCCGAUUUUUAGGGGUAUCGGGUACGCCUCCUGUCUGAUGGCCUAUAUUGUGGCAUUUUACUACAAUCUCGUCAUAGGCUGGUCGUUCUACUACCUGUUUUCCUCUUUCUCAUUGGUCCUACCUUGGGCCACUUGUUCUCAUGAAUACAACAGCGAUAGAUGCUGGCAGAUUGACUGGGACACCAACAAGACAUACCUGAAUCGUUCAUACGACGCCAACACUUCCGUGUCCUCAGCUUUCGAGUUCUAUGAGAGAGGGAUGCUGGGGCUACAUAAGAGUAAAGGGAUAGGCGACCUAGGUCACAUCAAAUGGGAGCUGGUUCUCUGUGUUCUCCUCACCUUCAUCAUCCUCUACUUUAGUCUCUGGAAAAGUGUCAAGAGUGCUGGAAAGGUCGUGUGGUUUACUGCCACCAUACCCUACCUCAUACUCACCAUUCUCCUCAUUCGGGGUUCUCUACUGCCAGGAGCAGGAGACGGUAUCAAGUACUUUGUCACUCCCAACGUUAGUCGGUUAGGCAACGUCCAGGUUUGGAUUGAUGCGGCUGUGCAGAUUUUCUUCUCCAUAGGUGCAGGCUUUGGGACGCACAUAGCCUACGCCAGCUACAACAAAUUCCACAACAACUGCUUCAGAGAUUGUUUGAUCACGGCGGGAGUGAACAGCUUCACCAGUAUAUUUUCUGGGUUCGUGGUAUUCACCUUUCUUGGCUACAUGGCGGCUAGACAGAACAAAGAUAUCAACGACGUGGCCCAGGACGGGCCCGGACUGGUCUUUAUUGUCUAUCCUGAGGCCAUCGCCACACUGCCUGGCUCUACAGCCUGGGCCAUCAUCUUUUUCUUCAUGCUGGUCACCCUUGGUAUGGACAGUGCGUUUGGUGGUUUGGAGUCGCCUCUGACUGGCCUUGGUAACCAGUUUUACCGCCUGAUCCGGUUCGGCUGGUCACGUGAGAUUCUCACCUUCAUCAUUGUGUGCACCGCUUUCCUCUUCUCAUUACCCUGUACAACUAACGGCGGCAUGUACGUGUUUAAGAUUCUGGACACAUUCGCGGCGGGGACAUCCAUCCUGUUUGCUGUGCUUUGUCAAGUGAUUGCUGUGUCCUGGGUGUACGGUGUGGACCAGUUUUGUCGAGACGUUAAGCAAAUGACCGGAUACACGCCGGGAUUGUACUGGAGAAUCUGCUGGAAAUUCCUUUGUCCAACAUUCCUCUUAAUCCUUGUGAUAUCAAGUUUUUUACAUUACCGACCGCUGAUAUACAAGGGCGGAGGCGGGGUAUACACAUACCCGGCCUAUGCCAACUCCAUAGGGUGGAGCGUCGCCUUCUCAACAAUGGCGCUAAUACCACUCUACGCCAUCUACAAACUCAUCACCACGGAAGGCUCGUUCAAACGUAGACUUGCGCUGUGUAUAUCCCCGACAAGAGAGCACGCCCUCAUAGAAAGAACCGGCGUUGUCCGGCGUUUCAAGAAGGAGCACUGGAUAUCCAUCUAGAAUGCGCUUCCCUACAGAUAACGGUUUACCCAUGUACCAGACAACAGGUUAUGCCACAUGCGGUGAAUGUAUAGUGAAGACAUUGAGUGAUAAUUCACAUAUAAUGGAUACUCCUCCUUUGGCAUAUGAUGUUUAUGCGUAUUCGUUGUAAAAGCUUGUGUAAUACGUACGUGUCCUGUGGUGUACUGACUAAACCGGUGAGACUUGGUUCAACUAGCGACGGAUCAAGGACUAACAAAGACAUGUGUUCACGACAAUGUGUUCACGACAAUGUGGUCACGACAAUGUGUUCACGACAAUGUGGUCACGACAAUGUGUUCACGACAAUGUGUUCUGUAAUGGAAGUCUUGUUUUACAGUCUCCGAAUUAGUGACGGACGUAAAUUUCAUGUUGGUUUAUAUAUACCAGUGUUAUAAUGUGAUAUGUUUUAUGUCAUAUAUAACCGUCGUAGACAGACGCCAAUUGUUACACGUUAUGGUGUUCAUUACUCUAUAACGGCCAUCGCUGUAUUACAAUGAGACGCUUUGAUAGUCGGAUGUAAUAGCGUCCGUCACAGUUGUGUAACGGCCAACUUUGUAGAGUGAUUUGGCACUGCUGUUUGCGUUAGUAUUAGCCAAUCAUAUCUCAGGAUCUCUGACAGUCCUCUGACAUCACCUUAUAAUGAUUAUAUUCCCUCAUGUAUCAUUAAAUAUUCGCAUGUUUUGAAUCCUGACCAUGUUGAACAUUUCCUAUGUAGAAAGCAUAUCAGAUGUACAUCGUGAGCCAUCACGUGAUAACACGGGCCAAUCGUUGUGGAUAGUUAUUAUGUAUAUAAAUUGUGCGUAUAUGAAUGUGUAUGUAAACAUACAUAGUGUUACAAGACACAUGGCUGGUAUCCCUGUGCAUUCAUUAGAAAUAAAUACAUAUUUAAAA